GGUCAUAUAUAUAAAAUAUAAACCCUCUUCCCAUUCCUCGAUUCUAUUUCACAGGGAAAGGAAGUUCCGGCGAACAGCUAUGGCCACCUUGAAAGAGAUUCUCACCAGACGACCCGUCUCUGCCACCAUCAGGCUCACCGUCCCUGCCGGUGGAGCUCGCCCUGCGCCACCGGUGGGUCCAGCGCUGGGUCAAUACCGGCUGAAUCUGAUGGCUUUCUGCAAGGAUUUCAAUGCCCGGACUCAAAAGUACAAACCUGACACACCCAUGGCCGUAACCAUUACAGCUUUCAAGGACAACACCUUCGAGUUCACCGUCAAAUCACCGUCAGUCACUUGGUACUUGAAGAAAGCUGCCGGGAUCGAAUCUGGGAGCAGCCGCCCAGGCCACGUAGUCGCCUCCACGCUCUCAGUCAAGCACAUUUACGAGAUCGCCAAAGUCAAGCAAUCUGAUCCUUAUUGCCAGUACAUGCCACUAGAAUCCAUUUGUAAGUCCAUUAUCGGCACUGCCAAUAGCAUGGGAAUUAAAGUCCUAAACGAAUUAGAGUAAUGCAACAGCUAAAUUUCUAGGGUUUUUUUUCCUCUUAUUGUUCUUCAGUAUCUCGAUUUAAAUUGAGGGUUUUUUGCAGUGACCUACAUCUUCUUACUGUGAAUCAAUGUUAUUAUUCCGUAUGCUAAGUCGGCUAUCUAUUCCUGACA